GCAGAGCGGUUAUUCGGCGAGCGCGCUUCCCCUCAUGGAAUACGUGGGGCAUUCUCUAGUCGCUAUUCACAAUUCACAUAGGAGUUGUUGGCAUUUUUGUGUUCGGUGGCCAUUUUGACGCUAGGGGUGUUCGGUAGCGUAAGUGCAGACGAAGUUUUUUAUUUGUUUUUGUUUCUCUCGGCUUCUCUCAGGCCAAAACAGCUUAGCGACCAAAACCCUGAAAAGGAAUAACGAAAACGGACCUUUUGCGAAAUCAAUAAACCACCCGUAUGUUGUGAUUUGUGAACAAAACCUAUAAAAACAGAGUGUCAAGUGUUUGUAUCAACUACAAAAACGCCCCUUUCUCGCGUUUGAUUUCUUGAGGCCAGUCAGGUAUCAUGGAGGUGGGAAGUAAUUAUACUAUUAUUGAGGCCCACAACCCCAGCCCCGUGGAUGAGGUGCCCAUGCCCACCAAGAAGGUCAUCUUGGGUGCGGGUAUGCUCAUUGCCACUUUUAUCUUUGGUGUGAUUCCCAUCAAAUUCCGAAAUGUGUCCAAUACCCAUCUUCGGCAAGCCCUACCCUUUCUGUCGUGCUUCUCCGGAGGCGUGUUCAUGGGGGCGUGUCUCUUGGAUCUCUUUCCGGAUGUGGAGGAGAGCAUAUCGCAUAUUCUGAAAGAAAUCGAAAAGUCGUAUGGGUGGACCAUUAAUUAUCCAGUGGCCGAAUCGAUCAUCAUCUUUGGGUUCCUUCUCACUUUGCUGUGCGAGCAAUUGGUCUUGUCCCACCAAGAGAAACAGGCCCGCCAAAGUCGACCCGUUCACCAGCAUCGGGAUGACCAGAUUGAUGAGAAUGCACCACUCCUGACGGGAUCCAAUCAUUCUAGGUCAUAUUCCUCCAAUUCCCCCGCCUUGAGCAUCAAUCAGCCGGAUGAACCCGAAGAUGGUGAUGGACACGGUCAUUCACACACUGUGGCCAUGGAUAAUUCCACCUUUCGCUCCAUCUUACUGACUGUGGCCUUGUGCUUUCACUCCCUUUUUGAAGGUUUGGCCAUUGGGUUGCAAUCUGAAGCCGAUGCCCUGUAUUCAUUGUUCUUCGCUGUCAUCGUUCACAAGUCUGUAAUGGCAUUCUCGUUGGGCAUGACUAUUGCCCAGUCCUUGAUGUCCACCAAAUCCCUCCUCAUCUCUGUCAGUGUGUUCACGGUGGCCUCGCCCAUUGGGAUCAGCAUAGGCAUUAUCAUCAGUAGCCUGGAAAAGAGCUUGGGUCGAGACGUGACCGAUGGUGUUCUGCAAGGGAUUGCCGGUGGAACCUUUUUGUACAUAACUUUUUUCGAGGUCUUGCCUCAUGAGUUCAAUAAGCCAGGCAACCGCUUGUGGAAGGUGUUCUCGGUCUUUGUUGGAGUCCUAGCCAUUGGAAGUCUCAUCUCGGUCACAGGCUGAAAUGAACGAAAUUAUUAACCAUGAUUUACUGUCAGAUGUAUCAAAAUUGUCACAGACCUUGUACUUUCUCAUGUUUAUCCAGAAGUGCUAUUGUUUCCGCAACAAUCGUCAAGAUUGUUGAGCAUCCUUCAAUUUGUCUUCAUACCAAUGCAAGUGUGUCUCUGAUGAGAAAA